AUGGGGUUUCUAGCCGGCUUCGCUGGCGGUGCCACCAUAACCCUCGCCGCAACCUACCUUGCCCUCCACACGCACUCCCAAAACCGCCUGGCCCAAGCUACUAUCCUCCGCUCCCAAGCAGCCACCCUCGACUCACUCGUCCCUCCCACCGACGAAUUCGAGCUCCGUCGCCGACACAACGCCAGCGUCAUCCUCCCGGACGGUACCUACCUCCCCCGCCGGAGCCUCCUCUACUCCAGUCCCGAUGACGCCACCGCCGUCCUGGAGUCUCUCCGACCGAGGGGCCCAACCCAGGGCCCCAUCUCCAAGCUUGUCGAGUCCGCAAAGGAGCGAUGGAACGCCGAACUUCAGGGGGCCCUCCGCUGGGCGAUGGAGACAGACUGGCAGGGCGUGAGGGAACACUUGGAAGAAAAUGUGGCGCGCAUCAUGGGAUGGGAGGUGCCCAAGACGGUAGUGGAAGAGGUCGUGGUAGUCAGGCGACCACAGCAGCCGCCACAAAGGGUGCAAGAGGUGGAGUGGGAAGAGAGGAACCAUGAGCCGGGGCUGACGGUGCAGGCUGCUGCACUGGCGUCGGCAAAGACAAGGGCGGCGCUGCAUGAUGCUAGGGAGAGAGCGGGGCAGGCUGUGAAGGAGGCGGAGAGGGCUGUUGUGGAGGAGGCGAGGGAGGUCAGGGACAAGAUGGUGAGGGAGAUUAGGAGGGAUGUGAAGGUUGUGCAGGAGGAGUUGAGGCAUGCGAAGGAGAAGGCGUCUGGACUUAUUCAUGAGGCAAGGGAGAGGGUUCAGAUUGCGGAAGAUAAGGCUGAAGAGAAGCUUGAGCAUAAGGUUGUUGAGAAGGUGCUUGAGAUGACGGAUGUGCAACGAGCGCUGGCUGAGCGGUUUGAUAGCCGUCUACGCGAGGAGAGGAUGAACCGUAGUGUUGAGGAGGUCCUACGGGAGCGGUAUGCGCCAAUUGGACAACGAGAUAAUGGAAGACUAAGGGGGCUCUGA